UUCACUUUCCUCCAACAGGGAAACAGCCACAAGACUCUUCAGCCCGUGCAGCUUCAGAAGCAGGUAGAGUUCAACAGGUUUUCAGUAAGUCUGUGAAGAUUCUCAGUCAUCCAGGUCAUAGUUAUCCAAGAAAAGUUGAAUCAAGGGCAAAAGGACUUGGUUGUAUGUAGAUACUUGAAGAUGUUCCGACUGAAGCCAGACCCGACGAAAGCCUCUUGCAUGAGACCUGAAAUGUCCUCAGAAGCUCUUGCCAAAUGCCAGCCUGAACUCAAAUCUAACCUGAAGAAGAAGUUCCAGUUUGUGUUUGAGGGGAUCGCUAAAGCAGGAAACUCAACCCUUCUGAACCAGAUCUACACAGAGCUCUACAUCACAGAGGGAGGGACUGGAGAGGUCAAUCAUGAACAUGAGGUCAGACAGAUUGAAACAGCAUCCAGGAAACCAGACAGACCAGAAACAACCAUCAGACAAGAAGACAUCUUUAAAGCCUCACCUGGAAGAGACGGACCAAUCAGAACAGUGAUGACAAAGGGAGUGGCUGGCAUUGGGAAAACAGUCUUAACACAGAAGUUCACUCUGGACUGGGCUGAAGACAAAGUCAACCAGGACAUACAGUUCACAUUUCCAUUCACCUUCAGAGAGCUGAAUGUGCUGAAAGAGAGGAAGUUCAGCUUGGUGGAACUUGUUCAUCACUUCUUUACUGAAACCAAAGAAGCAGGAAUCUGCAGGUUUGAUCAGUUCCAGGUCGUGUUCAUCUUUGACGGUCUGGAUGAGUGUCGACUUCCUCUGGACUUCCACAACACUGAGAUCCUGACUGAUGUUACAGAGUCCACCUCAGUGGACGUGCUGCUGACAAACCUCAUCAGGGGGAAGCUGCUUCCCUCUGCUCGCCUCUGGAUAACCACACGACCUGCAGCAGCCAAUCAGAUCCCUCCUGAGUGUGUUGGCAUGGUGACAGAGGUCAGAGGGUUCACCGACCCACAGAAGGAGGAGUACUUCAGGAAGAGGUUCAGAGAUGAGGAGCAGGCCAGCAGCAUCAUCUCCCACAUCAAGACAUCACGAAGCCUCCACAUCAUGUGCCACAUCCCAGUCUUCUGCUGGAUCACUGCUACAGUUCUGGAGGAUGUGUUGAAAACCAGAAGGAGAGGAGAGCUGCCCAAGACCCUGACUGAGAUGUACAUCCGCUUCCUGGUGGUUCUGCUAAAAAUGAAGAACGUCAGGAAUGAUGGAAGACCUGCGUCAGAUCCACACUGGAGUCCAGAGAACAGGAAGAUGAUUGAGUCUCUGGGAAAACUGGCUUUUGAGCAGCUGCAGAAAGGAAACCUGAUCUUCUAUGAAUCAGACCUGACAGAGUGUGGCAUUGAUAUCAGAGCAGCCUCAGUGUACUCAGGAGUGUUCACACAGAUCUUUAAAGAGGAGAGAGGCCUGUACCAGGACAAGGUGUUCUGCUUCAUCCAUCUGAGUGUUCAGGAGUUUCUGGCUGCUCUUCAUGUCCAUCUGACCUUCAUCAAGUCUGGACGCAAUCUGCUGUCGGAUAAACAAUCAACCUCCUGCUGGUCUAAACUGUUCGGAAACAAAUCCAAACCAAAACAUCUCUACCGUAGUGCUGUGGACGAGGCCUUACAGAGUCCAAAUGGACACCUGGACUUGUUCCUCCGUUUCCUCCUGGGUCUUUCACUGCAGACCAAUCAGACUCACCUACGUGACCUGCUGACACAGACAGGAAGUGGCUCACAGACCAAUCAGAAAACAGUGAACUACAUCAAGAAGAAGAUCAAUGAGAAUCUGUCUCCAGAGAAAAGCAUCAACCUGUUCCACUGUCUGAAUGAACUGAAUGAUCGUUCUCUAGUGGAGCAGAUCCAACAGUCCCUGAGAUCAGGACGUCUCUCCACAGAUAAACUGUCUCCUGCUCAAUGGUCAGCUCUGGUCUUCAUCUUACUGUCCUCAGAAGAACAUCUGGAUGUGUUUGACCUGAAGAAAUACUCUGCUUCAGAGGAGGCUCUUCUGAGGCUGCUGCCAGUGGUCAAAGCCUCUAACAGAGCUGUACUGAAUGGCUGUAAUCUGUCAGAGAGAAGCUGUGAAGCUCUUGCCUCAGUUCUAAAAUCCCAGUCCUGCAGACUGAGAGAACUGGACCUGAGUAACAACAACCUGAGGGAUUCAGGGGUGAAGCUGCUGUCUGCUGGACUGCAGAGUCCACACUGUACACUGGAGACUCUCAGGCUGUCAGGAUGUCUGAUCACAGGGGAAGGUUGUGCUUCUCUGGCCUCAGCUCUAACAUCUAACCACUCCCAUCUAAGAGAGCUGGACCUGAGCUACAAUCAUCCAGGAGACUCAGGAGCAAAGCUGCUGUCUGCUGGACGGGAGGAUCCAGACUGGAGACUGGAGACUCUCAGGAUGGAGAAUGAUGGAGUCCAAUGGUUGACACCAGGUCUGAAGAAGUAUUCCCGUAAACUCACCCUCGCCACAAACACGGUGAACGCAAACCUCAAACUGUCCGACGACAACAGCAAGGUGACACGUGUGCAAGAGAAGCAGUCGUAUCCGGAACAUGCGGACAGGUUUGACCGGCCUCAGCUGCUGUGUGAAGAUGGUCUGACUGAUCGCUGCUACUGGGAGGUGGAUUGCGACGGAUGGGUGGAGGUCGCAGUGAGUUACAGAGGAGUCAGCAGGAGAGGCGAAGCCGACGUCAGAUUUGGAGAGAACGACCUUUCUUGGAGUCUGAGGUCCUCUGACGGUGUUUACUCCGUCUGUCAUGACAGAAGUGAAACAACCGUCUCCUCCUCCUCCUUCUCUAACAGAGUAGCAGUGUAUGUGGACUGUCCGUCCGGCUCUCUGUCCUUCUACAGAGUCUCCUCUGACUCUCUGAUCCACCUCCACACCUACAACACCACCUUCUCUGAACCUCUUUACCCUGGGUUUGGACUCUGGUCUUCUGGUUCCUCAGUGUCUCUGCCUGCGCUCAAAUAGCCUUUUAUUUUUAGAAAGUGAAAUGACCCUGAAGUAUCUGAGCAGCAGCCGUGAUAAGAGCCGGUCCAAAGGAGCUUCUGUGCUUCCUAUCUUCUCUCCUUUAGGAAACACUGCAGCUUCCUUUAUGAAAUGAAAAGAGAAAUGCCGUCCCACAAUUCCUUGCCACGGCAACAUUAAAAGUGAUGCACGGUUGUAGCUUCACUUCGAACUAUAAUUUAUACUUGUUACUAAGAUUUAUCCACCUCUUUAUGAUGCAAACUUGUCUUGUGACACUUCACCUGCACCUUCAUUCACAAC